AUGCUUGCUUCCCUCCUAGAUAGCCCAAUCCCUCCAUCAUUGCGCUCCUUGAGGAUUCGUGACUUCAUCGGCAUUAAUGGCUCCCUCCCUCCUUUGUCCGUCUUCUCUUAUCUGGACCAGGAUAUCAUCCAUUUCCUGUUUCAGGGAGGGUUCUCUGUUUCUGAGGAAGCUGCAGAAUGCUUUUCGCCAUUUGAACCAUCGGGUUCCUUUUCAGUUAAGUCAGCUUGGGAGAAGUGUAGGCAGAGCAGUCAACAGAAAGGGUGGGUGAAGUGGGUUUGGCAUGUUAAAAUACCUUUGAAACUCUCCCUAUUCAUGUGGAGGCUGUUGCGCCAAGCCAUCCUGGUGGACACUUGUGUUCAGUCCAAAGGGGUGCGGCUCGCGUCCUCCUACGUUUGCUGUGAGGGUAUCAAGUACUCUUGUCCUAACUGCGAAUCGUUAGGCCACCUCUUCAUCAGCAGAGCCCUUUCGACUGAUGUUUGGAGCUACUUUAGCGACACAUUCGGCAUAUCCUCGCUACUCACAGAUUUGGGCUUUCCCUCCGGCAGCUCGUUCGGCCCUCCUUUGGAGGUUGUGAAGUGGAGAAGACCGCAGCAGGGUUGGAUCAAGCUCAACGUGGACGGUUCUGCUCUAGGGAACCCAGGCAUGUCCGGGAGAGGUGGUGUUUGUAGAGGGGACAACGGCUCCUUCCAUUUUGCUUUCUCCUUGGGUUAUGGGGUGGGAUCAAACUCCAUGGCCGAGCUUUGGGCAGUUUACCAUGGUUUGUGCCUUUGCGUUGAUUCGGGGUUCUUCCAUGUAGAGAUCAAGUCGAAUUCCAAAUUGGUGGUGUCGAUUUUGAACGGCUCUUCCCAACCGAGCUGGUAA